UGACGCAGGUCACAUGACAAGCAUCAAGAUGGCGGCCGCCAGUGGCGUGUGUCGCGUGGCUUCAGGGCUUCACGACAGUCUUACCGAGGCCUACAAGUCCACCUUGAACGCAACACUUCCGCGACACAGUGCCGAAGAGCUCGCGUGCGUGAUACUCCGCGGAGUGCGCGCGCGGGAAGAGGACGACCAUCAUGGUAACGGCAUGGAACUGAGCUGCGUCAGCCUGACUGUGAUCGGGAGGACGAUCUCCAUGGCGACGGCUCACAAGCCAGAAGUAGCGUCUUUCAACCAGCUCGCGCUUAAAGUCUUGUUUGACGACAUGGACGCCAUGUCUCUACUGGUAGCUAACUUUGGCUGCGAAGAGCAAUUCAUCAGUCAUUUGGCGGCAAAGAGCGCCGCCUCGUGGGUUCUCUACCAACUGCGCAUGUCUGGUUCGGUCAGUCCAGCGUGGCGGCAGACGUGUGAGCGGGCGUUUCUCAGCUCGCCCGCCGGCCCGACUCUGGACGCCUGCCUGUGGUCGCUGAGCUGCGUCUUCAAGAGACUUCUGAAGGACAAUUGUCAAGAGCUUGUCAAGGUGGUUCUGAUGGCGUUUGAUGCCAGCGUAAGCGCAUUGGCCUCCAGGUUCCUUCCCGUGGACGCGUGGCAGCACUCGGACGUGAACACGUUCUGCCUGCUGUUGGACCUUCUGGAGCUGCUGAGCGCCUCCAGUGAGACGUGCACGUACGUUAGCAGCCAGAAGUUGACCCACGUGCACGCAGCCACACUGAUGGCUGUUAUCAGUUGCUCGCCGCAGUAUUUUGUUAGCAAGCGUGCAGCGUUGCUGCUGAAGCGGGCGGCACUGCGCAAGGCCGGCGAGGACUGGCUGGUGGGCGCCGGACCGCCCGCUCCCUCUCACGCGCUCUCACACGAGCACGGCGCCGCUGACAUCGCCUCGCUCGCUCGCACGGUGCUGGACGGCGUGGCAGCCGACUGGUUGCUGAGCAUCCGAGUGGGGUCGGCGUCUUUCUUCGGGGGGACGAGCAGCAUCGGCGGAGGGCGACAAGGUGGUGACGGCGUGAUGCUGCGAGCUGUCAGCCUGCUCGUUAUCAUGUGUGUCGAGCGUUACGUGCGGGCCAGCGCCACAGGCGCCGAGGCUUGUGGGUAUCUACAGGCUCUGUGGUCCUUCCUGGGGCACACUGAGGUGCUCCACACCUGCCGCUUGCUGACGCUGCUCUUUAGCGAGCAGGAUGACGACAUGAUGGAGGCCGCUAAAGCUCUGUUCACCAUUUUCCUCCAAAUCAGAGAGGAUUCCACCUUGGACCACUCUGAUCUCGGCGAAGCCGCCUGCGCUUCCGGCUGUAACCCCCACUGUCACUUCCUGUUUGUCCUCCAGAGUGUGGCCUUCGACCACCGCGUCCUCCUGGACUUCCUCAUCUCCAUGGAGACCUGCUUCCUGGAGUACCUAGUACGCUACCUCAAGUACCUGAGGACGGACUGGCGGAGCUUCACUGCAGCGUGUCAGCGAGUGGCCGUUUCACCCAAGUCGGACUCCGGUCAUGUGGGCACCAGUCCUGGGCGGAGCCUCGUAGACUAUGACCCUUCUGAUGAGUCCGAUCCAGAUAAUAUUGAAGGGUCACACGGGUGGACCGCCCCAGGUGGAAAGACGCAGAGCAACAUGGCGGCUUGUCAAACGUUAGCACGAGCCGCCGGCUGCCUGUCCAAGCUCCGCCUCCUGGUGGCCAAGCUGCAGACAAAGAAAAUGUUUCCCUACAACGCCGAGUCGCUCAUCAAACUGCUAACACAAGUGGAAACAUGUGAAGGACGGGACAGAAGGAUGUUGGAUGUUCUGUACGAGUGGUUCUGGUGGGACAGAAUAUGGCUGCCGGGAAACCUGACCUGGACUGACCUGGAGGACAAGGAGGGGCGGGUCUACGCCAAAGCCUCGCACCUUUACGUCGUCAUCCCCUACGCCUUCGUCUUCCUGUUCGUCAGAUACAUCUUUGAGAGGUGGGUCGCCACGCCGCUGGCGAUCCAUGCGGGCGUCAAGUCGAGAGUCAACCUCAAAGUGGACGACAACGCCAUCCUCAAACUUUACUACGCCACGCGUAGCAGGAAGCCUGCUCAGGCUGACCUGGACGGGCUGUCCAAGAAAAGCUGUCUGUCCGUGAGACAAGUGGAGCGCUGGUUCCGAAGGAGACGUGGUCAGGACCGGCCCGGAGUUCUGAAGAAGUUCACCGAGGCCAGCUGGCGCUUUGUCUUCUACCUGGCCUCGUCCAUCGGAGGACUGCUCGCGCUGUACGACAAAGAAUGGUUCUAUGACACCAGAGCUGUGUGGACGGCUUUUCCAAAGCAGUCCCUGCUGGAGUCUCAGUACUGGUACUACAUGCUGGAGAUGAGCUUCUACGUCUCCUUGCUCUUCAGCGUCUUCUCCGAUGUCAAGAGGAAGGACUUCAGGGAGCAGAUGGUCCACCACGCCGCCACCCUGGUGCUCCUGUCCUUCUCCUGGUGCGUCAACUUCAUCCGCGUGGGAACGCUGGUCCUGUUGGUCCACGACGCCGCCGAUGUCUUGUUGGAGUCGGCCAAGCUGUUGAACUACGCCAAAAUGGAGAAAAGCUGCAAACUUCUUUUUGUUCUUUUUGCUCUUGUCUUCAUCGUGACUCGCCUCAUCAUCUUCCCCUUCUGGCUGAUUCACUGCACGUGGGUGUACCCCCUCCACCAUUACCCUGCCUUCUUUGGCUACUACUUCUUCAACGCCAUGCUCCUCCUGCUCCUCGGCCUGCACCUCUUCUGGGCCCUCCUCAUCCUCGCCAUGCUCAGGAAGUUUAUCUUCGGCACCCUGACCAGAGACGAGAGGAGCGAUCACGAUGAAGAGGAGGAGGAGAGCAGCUUGUCAGAUGGUGAAGUCGCUGCAAAAAACAACAAUGGCUGCCUGGGCUCUUUGGCCUCGCACGAGAACAUCUGCGCUCAAAGACGGUGCACUGAGGCUUCCUCUGGUGGUGGCGCCACACAACGAGAAGACUCCUUGAAGGCGGUUUGAUGUUUGCGUUACUCUCACGCAGCACGGUGGGAAAUGUAGGCUGUCCGUCACGGCUCCUGCUUGACAGGACGCCAAAAGUUUCAAUUUUAGUCUUUUUUUAUGAGAAAUAAGCUAAAUUAUUGUUAGUUUUAUACUUUUAGAUGUCCAUGACUGUUCAUCUUCUCUUUCCUUCACUUUAGUUCUGUCUAUGUGUCCACGUCCCCUGCUACUUUUUCUUCUUGCAUCUUUAGUGAAGUGUCCACUAAGACAAAAAGCACGAUCAAGUUGUAAUAAACUUUCACCAUUUUAUCAUAACAACAAAACUAGUGUAUCAUGUCUUUUAAACACUUUAUACAGUUUCAAUAAUGAUAUUUUCCACUAAUGAUUACCUGCUUAGCAAUGCAUUAUUUUUUCUAUAAUUUGCUUAUAAAAAUAUAAUAAUAAUAAUAAUAAUAAUAGAUCGAUGCUGGUCUAAGAUCUACAGUAUUUCCAAUGUGGUGGAUAGGAAUCCAAAACAAACGCUUUCCAUCUUUUUUGAUACUUGUUGAACAAUCCAUCCAUCUUUGAUGCCGCUGAGCCUCACGAGGGUCGCGGGUAUGUUGGAGCCUAUCCCAGCUGACUUCGGGCGAGGGGCGGGGUACACCCUGGAUUGGUCGCCAGCCAGUCGCGGGGCACAUACUUGUUGAACAAUGUUUAGUAAAAUGUUUGACAAGCGGACAAAAUAAGGAAAGAAAAUAAUAUACUUCAAUAAUACUACUAAAAAUACAAAUAGUUAAAAAAAAUACAACAGCACAAGCAUAAAGAAUCUAGCUGUUUACUUCGACAAUGUACAAACAAUACACUUUAUAAACAAAAUACAGUAUAUAAAUAAAAUAUAGUAUGUUGCAUGCGCUCCAGUCAGACAAAUGAGUUAGUAAACAAAAAAUGUAAAUAUUUCAUAAUUGUUUAAAUAUACUCAAUAAUAAAAUAGUUAGUUCUUCACAUUUAAAGUCACUUUUAGCUCCACUUGAGACCACGUGUAAGGUUUCACCCCCACCCGGUGAUUGACAGCUACGCCGUCUAAUGAAAGGCGGAGUUCUCCAAUGGUCAAUGUUCCAGUGGGCCAAUCAGAAGCCAGAAGAGGUGGAGCUGGCCCGCGUGGGCGUGUCUUCAGCUGCUUGAGCCACUUUAGAAAAGUUUUGGAAAAGGGUGGCGGUGAUUCCCCACCAAACCUCCUCGUCCUGGUCCUGGUCCCGGUCCCGGUCUUGGUCCAGGUCUUGGUGCGGUUCCUAGGUUCGUCAUGCAGAACCGCUAUGUCGUGCGCCUUCUGCUCCUCGCGCUGCUCCUCGUCGAACUCGCCGUCUGACGUGGACACGGAUGAGGUGGUUCCGAUGCUGCUGCCCCUCCACCAACCUGCUGACCCGGACCACUUGAUGGUGUCGCU